GAGAUACCUGAUUUUUUAGUACCUUACUGGGAAAUGGUAGAAAAUGCAUAUAUGAAUACCAUAAAAACUAUACUUAGAUGUCUAAGGGAUGAACAGCACUCUGUGAUUUAUUACUUAGCAGACAUUAGAAAAAAAUUCCAGGAUUAUUUGAAGCGUCCAGAUCUUAAGCAGGAGUUUGUAUCUGAGUGGCAAACAGAUUUUAAUUCAAUUGCUGACGACCUGCGAGAAGAUGAGGAAACAAAAGCAGAACUACAUCAAAGAGUUACUGACCUAAGAGAUCUUCUCUGGGAUAUCUGUGAUAACAGAAGGGAAGAAGCAGAGCAGGAACGUACUGAUGUCAUGAAUGAUGGCUGGUUACCAGAUCACAGGGGGAUUGCAAUGAACCAUUUCUUUUCACUUAUGCAGGUUGAAGUGGAUCGUUUCCAAGACACAAAGAGACUUCUUCAUGACUAUUAUAGAGCAAUGGAAGGAAAAAUCCCAACAGAUGACAGUCAAGAUUUUACUAGAAUCCCAUUGUUAGAUAUAAUUGAUGUAGAGCAGAAGGAAGAUCAAAACAAAUCAAGAAGGAUUCCUCUAGUUUCUUGGAAACUACCUUCACCAGAAACAAAUACUACCAAGUCAAAAAGCAAGGGAACUCUACAGAAGAGUGCUAAGGAUGAGAAUUCUGAAAAUGGAGUGGCCAUUUUUGAGAAAGAUGAAAACCUUAUUACUGAUACAUGGCAAACAGCAGUAACAGCAGUAUCAAAUAUGGUAAAAGCUGAAAUACAGUCUAAAGAAAUGGAGGAAGAAAAAGAACAUCAGCAGCCGGAUCUGAAAGAAGAUCUGAAAUCUUCAAAGACACUGUCAGGCAAAGCUACUGGGAAAGACGCCAAAGAUGCCAAAAAGCUUUCUGCCAAAUCAGCUGCUAAAAAGAAAGGACUACCUCCUACUGCAUCUGCGGUUGAAGUCAGUCCAGUUCCUAUAACCCCAGAAGAAUUAAAGAAACAAGAACUGGCACGUAAAAUAAAGCAAGAAUAUUUCAGUGCCUUGAAUCAUGAGGAGGUAGCCGCAAAAUCUCGACUAGAACUUAUAAAAGAAAAAGCUUUAGCAUUUGUUGAAGAGCUAACAAUGAAAGCAGAAGAGGCUUAUAAAGACAUGGAAAAGUGGCUUGGAUCCAGGUUCUUGGCAGAAACGUCCAGUGUUGAAAGGCUGAUUGAGGUUGCACGACAUCACAUUGAGAGUUCUAGCAAAAUCCAAUAUGAAAUUACUUUAGAAGAAACAGAUUUCUUUAUCAACAGUGAUGUAAAAGUGAUUCCUGACCCGGUUCCUCCACCACGUGUUCCACACGUAGAGACCUCUGGAAGUGCUGCUCUAACUAUUUCACAACUUACUACACUUCAUAAGCAGUUUCUACAGGUGGCACCUAAAGGUUUUAUACAGAAGAGAGCAUUUAUUGACCAUUUUAUUGACCUGAUUAAUUUGAGUCUUGGAACAAAUUGCCUUCCUGAUGCCUGGAUGAACUUAACAUUUCCAGAUUUACAAGAUCUAGCAUCUGCAUUUACAGUGAACUCAGAACUUACUGACUGGCGCAGAUUCUUGCUAGCAGCUGCACAGCCUUGGCCAGUGCCGUCUGUGACAGAACUUCUCAAAACGCUGCAUAGCUUCAAGUCUGUUGAUGUAGCUGGAUCAGGCUUUGUUACACAGGAAUACUAUAUGCAGAUUGGUUUAUGGUUUAAUGGAAAUGAAGAUCUAAGCAUAACAAAAAGUUGCACAGAACCUUUGCCUCUGGAUAGGCUAAGACAUCUCAUAAAGUUUUUCUUCAGUUUAUUUGCUGAUACCAGACAAGAUCCUGCUCAGCUCAACUAUACUGAGAUGCUACUUUAUUUUGCCUCCCACUCUGAUCCAGUUGAAGGUGUUUACAGAGCACUUAGCGUUGCUACUGGAACAUAUGUUCAUAGAAAAGAAGCAGCUUCUCUUCCACAUGUGGAUUUUCCUUAUACCAAUGUAGUGCCAAAUGAGAGAACUUUAAUAGAAGAUGAAAAAGAAGUCUGGAACUACACAGGUGAAGGUAUGAUUUCAAUGGCAACUAUACUCCAAGUAUUUCAUACCGGAGAAAGUAAAGAUGAAGAUAAUCAUAGACUUAGUAAUCUGGAGAAGGAAGGCAACUAUGAUAAGUUAAAGCAUUUUAUCAAAAUAUACAAAGAAUUAGGCUCUGAAGAUCUGACACCCAUUCCAGUUGCACUCCUUUUGAAGCACCCUUUCAUUCAAGACUUGAUCAACAAAUAUCAAGAAUACAAACUUCCU